AGCCUGCUAACAGUGCUGUUGUGUCGGGAGUGAGUGUUUAAAUAACAACACCGGCUAGGAUACCCACAAACAGGAAAAUAAUGUUAAGCUGAAGAAGACUACAAUAAAAUUUGACAUGAGUCGUGGCAGUGUGGAAGACCCGGGACUGAGACAACACAGAGGGCGGCUCAUGCAGCUUGCCGAGGCCACUGGUGGAGUCAGCAACAAGCGACGUACAUACAGCAAUCAGCACACACUGUUCAAGUCACUGCAGCAGAUGUCUCCGUCACCUCGCCUGGCUACCAAACUUCUGAGCCUAGAGGAGGUUGUGAGGAAGGACCCCGGGUACACGCCCAACAUCGAACACUUGGUGUUCCCCUCUCGCAAGAGCUCCCCGAGCAACAUCCCCGUGCUCAAGGCGAAGAGUGGAGGGGCGCGCGCCCGGCUGGCCGAGGUGUUCGCGCUGAGCAGAAACCAGAGUGCGAGAAAGUCUCAGGGGAGUACGGAAAAGAAUGCGACUCUGACGUCUCGAGGAAGUCAGAGGAAGAGCAAUAAGGUCGGCGAACCGGCUGGCGGGGAGGCGGUUCCGGAGCUCCAGCCUUCCAGUCAGUGCUCGGCCUCGCUGGACGGUGUACCGGAUCCACCACGGGACGAACGAGGGACCAACAUGUCUUCUUACAGAGGCCCGAACGUAUCGAUCCUCCAUCUGAGAAGCACCUCGGAACCUUGGGAAACCAACGCCUCCAUAGGAUACUCCUCAACGGCGUCACGAACCACGAGGACUUCUGUGAUGGUGGGCGGAGGGAACCGCUUCGCCAACAAGACAGGGAGCCUCCGUCGAGAGCCUGUGCAAAGCCAAGGGUCACUGGUGGUUUCUGGGGCUCCGGGCUCGGGAAACUGCAGCAGAGAGUUGUCUCCAGUGAGGUGGUGUGACCGAGAGGUUGACGGAGUUUACUUGGGACGAUCCGGCUGGGUACAAGUACAGCAGAGAUCGCUAGACGACAACAGAAGAGUCGCCUACACUCCACCCAAGCCUCCUGUAGCAGCAAAUACACACAACAUUCCCCCCAGACUCAAAAUGUCGGACUUUCACAGUAGAAGCGAGCCCGGCAAAUUCCCCGUGGAAGACAUACAACCUAGACCAGGAUUCUUGCCUUUGCCCAACGAGACGAGACGCACAAGAGAAAAGCCUUCUCCUUCCUCACUUGAUUUGAGUCAUGAAGAUCCAAUCACGCCUCCUCCUGUCACUCCUAUUAUAUCUCCUCCUCCUGCGUUUCAAGAUUCCAAUAGACGGUUCCUUACCACAGCCACGGCUGCUAGAGCGCGUACCUUGUCUAACAAACCCGCGGUACUCACGAGAUCCAACGCUGUAGAGUCUAGUCCUCCUCCGUCUCCACCGCCAACACUUACCUGGGUACCGACACCACCGACACAGAAGCUAUCGCCGAUUUCCUCAGUGCCUACGAGACCCAAGAGGCUGACUCCUUCGCCGGUUAGCACACCCCAACAACACGGUAUUCCUCAAACUAAGUCUUUAGAAGACGCUUCUGGUAUACGACGAACAGUCUUUCAAAAAUACGAUUCCUCUUCGUCCUCCUCGUCUUCUUUCGGUUUCAGGAGUCUCGAUAGCAAUAUAGGCCCGAGAAUCGGAAUGCCGAGGCUAAACGAAACUGAUUCCUCCCUAGGAGGUUACGAAGAUGGCGACGAAGAAGACAAUCUCAGUUCUUCCUUAAAUCUUAGCGGAUAUUCCUCUGUUACUAUGGUCAAUUCUUCUCCGGACGCUAUUGGAGCGUCUUUGUCGUUCCACUCUGUGAUACCCGCUGUUGAUAGAGUUUCACCUUCAUCUCUCAGAGGUCGGCAGCAUCACAGGCAAAUGAGAAGAUCACCUGGUUCUGAUGGAAGCAAUAAGAAACUAGGUAGCAAUCAAGUGUCCCCAACCUCUUCCUCCUCUUCUUCCAGUAGUCGAUCUCCUUCAGCCGGACCCUUCAGGAGGUCAGCUAGUCAUAACAAGCCUCACCGUGGAGGUGACCACGGGGUCGUCACCUGGGACGGUCGAGGCAGCAGGGUGAGGAGGUCCAGAAGUCUCCAGCUCCCAGAGAGGAAGUCCCCGGCAUCCUCUGGUGGAGCUUCUCCUGCGGGACGUCCUGACACCAACCACGACCCUGGACAUCGAGGUGACUAUUACCACGCCAAGCAGGAAACUCCUAGAGUCGUGGUCAAGAUCAACGGGGAACAGCCCCACCGGACGAAAAGACAUGGUUUGCAAAGGACAACUCAGUCGGAGGAACUGCAGCGUGAACGAGAGAGGGAGAGAGACAGGGAGGAGGAGUUGAGAAGAGAGGCAGAAGAAGAGGCGAGGGUAGUGACAGAGUUCCUGUACGGUGCUAGAAGCAGGGAGGCAGCAAGGGCACUGAUAAUGCAGCGAUGUCUAGAGCAAAGAUCGCCCGAGCCGGCCAGUGUGGGGUACAGACAUCAUCAGCAGUAUCAGCAGCAACAACAGCAGAAGCACGUCAGCAAUGCGGCGCAGCGUCCCAAGGUGCUGCAGAGGGGGAUGACAACCCCCAACAUGGGCAGUAAGUCAUCAUCACCCGUGGGCAACAACCAUUUCUGUCCCAACCCUUGUAACCCAUCCACCUGCGACUUCUGGCCCCACUGUGCCCACAGGGAUGGAAUAUACACCACUACCACCACCAAGUCGUCAACCCCUCUUGCUACGUCACCAGUACCUCCUGCGACCCUUAGACUAUCCCAGAGUUACCCAAACACCGUCAACCACACAGGGUACCGAGAGAAAAAGAGGGAUAAAAGAGUCGAGGGUAGAAACGGUUACCAGUCCACCAGAUCUUCUCCGGCGUCUUUAGAGAGGAUGAAUGAAAUAUCUCCCACCAAGCACUACCCGAAAAGAGGCAAUAGUCUGAAUGUCCCUGGAGAAGUAGACUGGCGAAAUGUUGGACCUCAGUGUCGUUCACACUCUCACAUGCCGAUGAGAGGGAAUGUCCAAAGUAAUCCACAGCCCCCUGGGUUGAAAGUGGGAUUGAGUGACACCUCUUCUUCAGCAGGAUCUUCCAUGGAUGCUGUAGAGCCAGGGUAUCGCAGUGCUAUUGUUUACACAUCAGCGAUAUCCCCUGAUCCGUCGAAGGUGUCACCGAUAGAGGUGAACAGUGUCAUUGUCAACAAUGGGGAGUCUUCAGCGUCCUCUAGCUCCAGUGAUAUCUGGGUGACGACCUCGGACCGCACCAUGACCAAGUCGCCCAGGAACGCUAAGAGCUCGGGGGCAUCCACCCCCCUGGACGACGGUCGAGCCAGCAAGUCUCCUGUCAGAGGGAGUGAUGACGAUCACUCCAGACCUGGCAGUGCUCCUGCUCACCAGGACAGACAUCACCAGGUGGACACUCAGCAGCGCUCUCUCUCACUGCCCAAGUCUUUCCAGUCUGCUAGAGACAUCCAGCGCCCGAGCGGGCUGUUCCCUGGUGGUCGACGUCUAGAUGCCCCCAGGUCCACCAUGCACAGUCCUGCCCCCACUCUCCGGCCCCCAACACCCCCGGAGACGGCACGGACCGCCCCCGCCACGCCUGUACGAGACAUCGGACUGCAAGACAAGAGGGUGUCCAAUGUUGGUCUGUCCAAGACGUCCAGGUUCUCUAGCACACCCCUGCUGGACCCCUCGGACAACCAAUGGGAAAGGGCCUGGAACGAGAAGAACAACUCGUCUCACAACGAUAUUCACCAUCAGAAGGACAUUUCACAGUCACAGAAGAAUAUUGCAGGUCACUCCAGCGAGAGUGUUCUGCAGAAGUUUCGCAAGAGUUUCUCACUGCGGUUCUACAAGAAAGGCGGGGGCAACAGUAGGGAUGAUGAAGAUGAAGAUAAGGAGCCCCCGCCUCUACCUCCGCCAGAGUCACCACCCCCGGAGACCAGGCUAACACCUCCCCUUACCAAAGACGAUAGCUCUGAGAGAUUUAGGUUUGGACCAUUAGUAUGGAGAUCCAGCAAAGAACGGAAGAAAACGAAAAAGUCUGCUAGAAAUGCCAAGUGUAACAGCGGUGACAGCGGGAUCCAAAUUGAGAUGGUGGGGAGAGCAGGAGGGGACAGUUCAGAGUCUCAUGACACAGACCAUCUCGCAGACGAAGAACCACUGGAUGAGAUGGAUAGUCCUCCUGUGGUGAGAAGAAGAGGAACAACUUCCAGCUCAGAUAGUAAACCCUCCCGACCUACUUCUGACGUCAUCAAUCAGAUACUCAUAGACAAAUUAAAGGCUGAUCUGCAGGCUCGAGGUAUACCGAGGCGAGGUGGACACAACGCUGUGCGCAGGACGCACUCUGACCUCGGUGGCCAGCGACUGUUCAACUGGGAGAUGCGUAACAGUUACAGGAGAAUGUUCUCCAACCAAUCCCCUCUCAGGGUCAAACCUGCCCUCAGUCCCCGGCGAGGCACGCUGGAGACUCCUCAUAAAAGGAGGUACGGAAGGCCACAACAGCUGAGGCGGUCGAUAAGUCAACCUCUAGGUAUCAACGAACUCUCCCCUCUCAUGAGGCGAAAACCUUCAGCAAGUGGUCGCAGUCACGUUUUGAGUGAAGAUGAGCGAGGUGUUACGUCAGAAGAUGACGAAUUGCUGUCAGAUUCCGAGUCUUCAAUAGCCUCACUCACUGAUAGGAAGAAAUCGUUUGAGCAGGCCAUGGAAGAGGAGGUGGUGAUCCUAGCGGAGGCAGUGUGGGACCAUGUGGCCAUGGAGCCGGAGGAGUUGGCGUUCCGAGCAGGAGAUGUGAUAGAGGUGCUGGACACCUUGGACAGAGACUGGUGGUGGGGGGCCCGAGGAGACCUAGCGGGCUGGUUCCCUUCUGCAUUCGUCAGGUUACGAGUGAGCCAGGAGGACACAGUAGAGGACUGUCUGGCAGCCAUAGCGUCUGGAGGCAGCAAACAGCUGAGGCGGCGUACCAGCAUCUCUCUGCUGUCCAAUGACCAGGUCAGGUCGAGAGUGGUGAGAGAGCUAGUCAACACUGAGCGAGACUUUGUCAAGGUGCUGCGCGACGUUAAGGAGGGGUACUUAGCAGAGUGCAGAAAGAGGUCGGAUAUGUUUAUUGAUGAACAAAUAAACACAAUAUUCGGUAACCUUGAACAGCUGCUGGAGUUCCAAGAAGUGUUUCUGGAGGACCUGGAGAGGCAUGUGGACUCCGAGGCUCCUCACAGAAGCUGCGUAGGAGAUACCUUCCUCAGACAUCAAGCCGGAUUCCGUAUGUAUUCAGAGUACUGUAACAGUCACCCGAUGGCCAUCGCUACGCUGCAGGAGUUGUACCAACACAACAGCUACAGCAAGUUCUUCGAGGCGUGUCGUCUGAUGAGAGGUCUCAUAGAGAUCCCUCUGGACGGUUAUUUACUGACUCCUGUACAACGGAUUUGCAAAUACCCUCUACAGUUGGCUGAGCUGCUUAAGUAUACCAAGACUGAUCACCUAGACCAUGCCAAGAUCACAGAGGCGUUGGAGGCGAUGAGAGGAGUCGCUGUUCUCAUCAACGAGCGCAAACGCAGGAUGGAGAGCCUGGAGAAACUAGCGGCUUGGCAACAGAGGGUCGACGGUUGGGAGGGUGAAGAUUUGAUAGAGUCAAGUUCCCAGCUGAUUCAUCAAGGAGAAGCGAUCAGAGUUACUUCAGGAAUGUGGACCAACAAUAUCGUACUGUUUUUGUUUGAUCAUCAGCUGAUAUAUUGUAAAAAGGACAUUCUCAAAAGAAAUACUUUUGUCUACAAAGGUAGAAUACUCCUGGACACAAGUGAAGUGAUCAACCUCUCUGAUGGGAAAGAACCGUCGCUGGGUGUAACAGUCAGACAUUGUAUCAAGGUAGUGACGCCGGGCAAGUGGCUGCUGUUCUGCUGCAGGUCUGCGCAGGACAAGUCUCGCUGGCUGUCUGCGUUUACUGAGGAACGCAGACUGGUGGAACAGGAUCUGCGGGACGGACUAGAGUUUGCUCCUGCGGCCAGACACUUGGCCAGGAUGUCAGCUGCUAGACACUACCGUCGGCCUCCAAUCAAACCCAGAAACAAAACAUACAAGCGGGGCAACAGUGACAUCACGGUCCCAGAUACCUCCCGGGCUCCGCCGCUGAGGACCAAUGGACUCGGAUCGUCAGUUCACGGGUCCACACAUUCCAUCGGUCGCCGGAUGGGAACGUGGUUCACCUUCGGAGGGAACAAGAAGAGCCGCAACCUCAGUCGAGGGGCGACACUGCAGACAGUCCAUCCGUCAUGAGAAGAGGUUACUGUCACGGUCAAGGGGUGGGUGUGACCUUGACUGGCGACUCGCACAUAUCACACAUCUUCCUACCGACUUUUCUACUCUUUUACAUUUUUAAUAGCGCUUUAAAUGUAUGUUGAAGUACGCUUUUAGUUUUAAAAAAUGCUGGAUUAAAUUAUGAGAUUAGGGUUUUGAGUAGUCUAAUGAAAAAACAGUCGCGGCUAAGGAAACUUGAAAUUUGACCAUCGUGUGUUUUACUUCCCUGACUGCUGUCUUACUUGGUUUCCAUCCUUAUGCGAUAAUUACUAACUAGUGGCAGCAUAGUAGCUUAUAACGAUAUGAGGGAAAAUCAUCUUGUAUUGAUUUCAUAUAUUACAGGAGUGUCUAUUUUCUCUGAUAUCUUCAUCACCUACAACAACAAUUAAUUAGCGAGAACUGACUAGAAUACCAGUCAGGAAAGUAAAGAACACAUUCAUUCUGUCAUAUUAAAAUGAGCUUCCUUGAGUGUGACUGUAGCUUGUUAACCUAAAUUUACUGGUAAUCCUUGUAUUUGCAGACAUUAUUUUUUUAUUAGGACCAAAACCCCAUCCGUUUAUUUUUUUAUUAAAUAGCCUGAUAAUGAAUGGUAACUCUUCGGUUUUAAAUGUUCUGUGCAACGUUAGUAGGUUUAAUAAUAGUUAAUUUAUUUAUAGUUUAAAUUAUUAAUUAUCUGCUCAAUUACUAAAAUGCUUUAAAAUCAUUGUGUAUGUUAUUUAUGAUAAUUUGUUGAUGGCUUUGUGUUUUUGUAUAAAUAUGUGUAAUUUUUAAAUAUCUUUGUAAAUAUUUAUUCUACAAAAUCAAAAAGACUGUGAUUUCCCUUAUUGUCACUAUAUUUUAUGUAAAAUGUAUAAUUUUUUAUGUUAAUGUAUGAAUUUAUUGUUAAUCUAAUUUAAUUAUUUCGCUUUAUUACGGCUUAACAUUGUGUUUAAAUCAAAUAAAUUAUUUAAAUCUUAUAAAAUAAGUUGCAGUCACUAGGUUUCGAAUAACUUUGAAAGGUUUCUAUUUUGUGUCAUAAGAAGUAGUUAGAUACAUUUAUUUAUUCCUCAUUAAGGACCUGCACUAUGUAAAAAAUAUUAGUUACAAACAAAUCGUCUAUAUCUUAGUAGACGUCAUAGCUGGUCUGUACCAAAAUUAAAUCUACCCUCAUAAAAACUAUGCAAAACAUUAUUACAUUUUUCUUUGUUAAACAUCAUUCAAAAGCAAUUUACCUAAAUAAAACAUAAAAUUAAGAAUUUUCAAAGUUUUACCUACCUUUAAGCAUGUGCAAUUUCAUCUCUUCUAUAAUAAAAGAAUUUAGCUAAAACUUGAUAAGACUGUUUUUUUAGAGUUUGAUUUCAAAAGCAUAAUAAUAUUAAAAUCUCUUUAGCCACGUUUACAUAAGGCCAGUAGAGCAGGCAGGUUACUUGCCUAUAACUAUUGACCACUGGAUUAGUGAAAGCUAUAAUGUAUUUCAAGGUACCUGAGGCAAGUAACCUACCCGCCUACUGGCUUCGUGUGAACUCUGGCUUUACAGUUUAAAGAUUAUUUUGAAUUGUAAUAAAACAAGUUAAAGAGAUUUAGAAGUGGGUAUCCAUUUAAUAGACUUUAUUUUUGUAGUCAGCAUAAAAUCAAACUUUGUGACCAUGCAAACACUUUUCUUUAUGUCAAUACUUAGAAUUUAUAGGUCUAUAAAUAUUUUUAUCAAUUCAUUUGUAACUUUCCUUACAUUUUAUUGUAAUUCAAAUGUUUUUAUAUGAUACUCAACUGCAAUAAGUAGUUCUAUUUUGUUGCUAAUUCCACAUACAGUAUUUGUGCAGGCGCAAAUGCUGUUUUAAUUUGAUACAUUAGUAUCAUUGAUUUUACUUAUUUCCAACAAACUUUUUUAUAUCUGAUUAACUUUGAUUAUCUUGCAAAUGUUCAAGAUAAUUUUUGAAAAUUCUGUUGUUCAGUAAUAUUUUCUUAGGAAGGAAAUUUGUCUGAUUAAGAAUUAAAAAGUCACUUUGAAUGUUUAUAACUGUGACAGAUAGUAAAUGUUGACUUCUAAAAUUUUGCAUCUUAAGUCAAUCAGUAUUGUUGAAUGGAAUUAUUUGUUAAUAUUAUUGUUCUUAACGUAGUUUUACGCCAAAUGUUGUAAAGAAUUUUGUAAUUA